GGAAGGAUAAGACGUGAGCGAAGAGUUUACGCAGCAUUUAAGUUUAACCUUCUAAUAUAAAGUCUAAGAGUUCAACCAUAUUUUUUUCCGUUGAUGUUUCGUACAUUUUAAACAUUUUGCAGUAAAAACGUCUGAACGUGUGAGUGUUGUUGAAGAAGCCAACGGUUGCGUGACGUCACUUCCUCAUCCUACUGUUGUGGUCCCAGAAAUGAGUUAAACAAGGAUGUCGAUGAAGAUCAAACUUCAAGCAGAGAUCAGGUUUAUAAUCUGUUGAGGAGAUGAAUGAGGAAACACGCAUUCUGCCAGAGACGCUUCUGUUCCUGUCCCUGCUGAUCUUCUGUGUGCCACUAGGGGGCGAUACCUCACCAAUCACCUGCUACAACGACCAAGGAGAUGCUGUUGAUUGGUUCUAUGUGUACAAGCUGCCUAAAGAACAUGAAAAAUCUCCCCAUCAGGGUGAGAUGUAUUUACUGCUGGAAAGGGGGAGUGAAGGAUGGACUAAAGGAAAGGAGACAGUGAACGACACCACGGGGGCUCUGGGCAGAACAGUCGGACAACUGUACUCACAAGGACAGGACACAGAGGUAGCGUACAUCCUUUACAAUGACCAGAGGCCAGCUGAGGACGUUGGUAAUGGAUGGGUUGGCAACAGCAAGGGGGGGCACACAAAAGGUGUUGUCCUGCUGGAUAAAAAUCAGGGCUUCUGGUUGGUCCACAGCACGCCUCACUUCCCUCCCGUACGUCAGGCAGGACAGUAUUACUACCCCAGCAGCGGUGUGAUCAACGGGCAAAACUUUAUCUGCGUUACCUACCCGCUCGACCGCUUCCAGACCAUCGGAGAGCAGCUUCAGAUCAAUCAGCCUAAUGUGUACGACUGCGACGUCCCCGAGUCCUUGGCGUCCCUGGUGCCCGCACUGGCUGCUGUCUGUGGGAAAAAACACCCGUCUGGUCACAUCUUUCCACGUAUGAAACCUGUAUCCAACCGCAGCGUGACUCUGACCUCAAAGGACGGCACCAAGUUCAUCAGCUUUGCCAAAGGGUCUUCUUUUGACCAAGACCUGUACCACUCCUGGGUGGCCCCCAGCCUCCGGUCAGACCUCCUGGUCCAGUUCUGGAUUCGCUCCACGGGCAUCCUCCCCUCCGACUGCUCGCUGGGCUGGAAGGUCCUGGACAUCACGCUCAUCAACCCGGGGCAGACGUUCACCUUCAAGGCCAGCCAGGACCACUCCAAGUGGGCCGUCAGCCCCAAGGAGGCCGGGGCCGGGGGAGGCUGGGUGUGCGUGGGAGACAUAAACCGGAACAAGGCGGAGGAGAUGCGAGGCGGUGGCACGGUGUGUCUGCAGGACCCGGUGGUGUGGAAGGCUUAUCGCACGGCGGCGCUGGAGUGUGAGGCUUGUGCAGGAGGGACGAUCCAGUGUUGAUACCCUGCCUGGAGCCCCAUGGGUAAAGGAGAGGGCCGUCAUGGGUUCUUAAGGCUCAGAUUAUAUCCGGCAUGUGGGGCUUUUAAGCUAAACGUUUGCACUAGUUUGGUACAGUGGGAUUUACUUUUAAUGUCUGGGGCAAUCAAUUUGAAAUCAAGCAUGUUUAGCAUUUUAAAUGAAUGAUCUUGGUGAUAGUCCUGAGAUGCUACAAUCAUUUUCUUUAAGGUUCCCUGUGGAGGUUUUGACCACUUUUAAUGCUAUGGUUUUCAUGUGUGGCUUUAUCUGCACUCUGUGCAUGAGGAAACGUGCACGUGGGUGAUGCAAUACACAUUCCAGCCAAUAUAUUAAGAUAGGUUGCUUUAAAGCCCCUAAAAACACUUUUAGCACUUCUCUGCAUCAUUAAACACUUCUGACUAAAGGUUGAAAACAAUCAUCUAUAGGUAAUAUUUAUUACAAGUUUAGCUUUAAAAAAACUCAACUAAUCAGGACUGUGUUCCUAAAUCUUGAUUGGUGCAUGGACGUAUGUGACAUCACAUUAUUCAAACCAAGCCCCGCCCAUUUCAAACCAGUGCAAAGAGCGCAAAGAAAAGAAAUACAGAGAGUUAAUAUAACUGGAAGUGACCCAAGUUUGGCAGAACAUAGUGUGUUCACGUGGGACCCCAUCACUCACAGUAAGAGGCUGAUUGAGGAAAUAUGUUUCCGGGGCCUUUAAGGCACAAAAAACAUUUUACUUGUUCAUUUUGCUUGUUCAGAACGAUUAUGGGCUGCUAUCAAGGGCUGCUGCACCCUCCUCUUCAAACUUAAUGCAUACAGAACAACGCUGGAGGAGGACAAUUAGUCAAAUCUGACUGAAAGCAGAGGGCUUUCUGGGAAAUAUGGUGUUCGUUUCGGAAAAAAAACACAAAAACCUUAAAGGGCCACUUUAAAUGAAAGCAUUUGUUAAAGUGUCUUUAAAACCGCUGGGUAUUCUUUUAACUGAAACUAAAGAGUCAAUGUUGCAAACUGUGUAUGUCAGUGCUGACUCACCAGCAUGAUCGUUGUCUGUUUAAAGGUGCAAUUUAUACUCGGGUGUGAGGAAUGCUUUAAUACUUUGUGUUUCAUGAACGCUUGUGUUAUUAACUGGGUUGUAUGAGUGUUUGUGAAUCUCUAAUGUGCUCCUCUGACAUACAUAUCCUUAACUCGGGUUUUUUUUGUUAUGUGUCCUAGAUUUUAUAGUUGUGUCACAUUCCUUGAUUAAGCUUGAAGAUAAAUAUGCUGGCUAUCUUGAAUCUGAAUAAAAAGACUAAAACACAGGUG